AUGGAACGACAGCUCCCCGACGAACUAUGGAUCCAGAUAUUCGAGCUUGCGCUGGAUGAAGAUAUCUUGCUUCAGCCUACUCUACCUACCUCAAUGUCGCAGUAUGCUUGGUAUAUUCACACCAAUCCGGAUACUCUCGAGGAAGAAUGGGCUCUAAGGUCGCCGCAAGAAGCACUGGCCGUCAUUCAAAGGGAGAAUUGGGAUCUGAAAAGGACACUCUCGAAAACGUGUAGACGAUUCAACGCCCUUGUCAGUCCUUAUCUAUAUCGCUGUCUGUCAUUUGACGAUCCAUCGUUGAUACCGAGGUUCAAUCGGAGCGUUGGUAUCAACAGAAUCGGAGACGAGAAAACCAAAGAGAAGGUCGAUGCGAAAUUCGGACGUUAUACGAAACGUCUAUAUGUUGCCCACUCCAAACUUCAAGACGACGCCCUGGCGGAAGCAUUUUCAAGACUCGUAUCUCACACGCCGAGCCUUCAAAGCCUUAUAAUUGAUUCACAUCCACCUUUUUCUUUAUUCCCUUCCCCAUCGGCAUUCACGUCUCUCGCCCAGGCUCUUACAAGUACACCAGUUCGUAAAACCCUCCAUACGUUACAUAUCCACGCGGUUCCAUACGAAUCACUUUCGCACCUCAUAUUGACCUUCGAUUCCCUCCGUCGUAAUCUGGUAGUCGCCCAUGUGCAUAUCAGCCCACCCAAAGGCGAAGAGGAUGUCAAACUCGGGGCGUCGGGCGGUUUACAUGUCGUUCUCAGUAAACUUCGCCAACUUAGCCUAAGCGGCCGCUUUGGGGCGUUGAUGGAUCAAAUGAUAUGUGGUGACUGGGAUUUUGCAGAGUUGAGGGCUCUGUCAGUGGAUGUGGGCAGCGGAAGAGUGGAAAUGCCAGACCUGGUAUGCUUUCUUUGCGGAGGAAGUACCGUCACCGCAGGGGGCGAAAGUGCAGGUGGUGUCAGCGCCGGUGAUGGCGAUAACAUGUGGGAAGGUAUCGGCAAGAACCUCUGGCUCCUUGAUAUUCAGGCUAGUGCUCUUCAGCCUGAGUUGAAUAUUCCCAAAAUCCUCGAUACAUGUACGCAGCUCCGGACUUUUGGCUUCAAUGCGGACUGGCGCUUCCCCAUCCCUGGUAAUCACCCCCCCGGACAUAACCAACAGCAAGAGCAGUCAGUAUCGCAGAUCACUCUGCCCGGCGCACCACAUCAUCACAUCCACACUAUCAUACUCCAUGGCUUGAACUAUGCUUUCAACUCAGGGCUCACUACUCCAAAUGGAGGCGGAGGCUUCAUGGCACACUAUGUUCGACGCUCAAAUGAUAUGAAUUUCGCUGCACUGACGAAAGAACAAUUCCCGGCUCUGAAACGAGUGAGGGUCGGAAACGGAAAGGUUCUUCAAGAAUUGGAGAAGAAUGGUGGCCCAACGUCAGGUUCAGCGGGAGCGGAACCCGCUGCCGCCCCUUCCAGCGGUAAUGGCAUUGGGGAGUGGGCAACCGUAUUUUCUCAAGCUACGGCUGCCUUAAACCAUCCUUCCUCCACCAAUCCAUAUGGUGCCGGUGGGGGAAUGGAUCGAUGGGAGAGAUGGUACGAUCAAUGCGUAGCUCUUGGGGUACGACUGGAGGAUUGUACAGGAGAUGUGCUGGGAGAAUUACCGCCUCCCCUGGGGGAUGAUGAGGAGACUGACAGCGACUGGGAUAGUGAGGAAGGUUCAUAUGAGACGGAAGAGGAGGAAGUAGCUGAAGCGCUACUGUCUCCGUCAGACUCAGAUUCGGAAUCUUCCACACCUGAUCUAAAAGGGAAAGGAAAGGAAAAUGAAUGGUCACCGCCCGUGAAACGUCGAAAUCGUCCACGGCUGUCGAUCGAAGAAACUCGUCCAUAUAUUCGUCAAGUUAGAGAGAUGACAAACGCCAUCCCCCCGCCCCCCACUCCACCUGAUAGUCCGAAGAAGCCGAGUAAUAGCAAGUUUAAGUUUGAGAGUGGGGCGAGCUUGAGCAAGCCUCACGUGCAGGAGCUAAGGAGGCUGGUGGAGGAAUGCCGUCUAUUUGAAGCACAGGGUGAAAGGGAGAAUAGGACAUUCAUGAGGACGAGAGGCAUGGCAGCGUUAAUGGGAGCCGAUGACGAAGACGUUUUUUGA